CACACGUUAAUCUCAAAAUUCCCGAUGCACACAUCCCACUCUCUGCAUCGGAAUCUUAUUGAGCCAAUAUUGACACGUCGUCUCAACUUUCCCACAUAUGUAAAUUCAUGCAUUGUUUCGUCCCCCAAUAUUUUUUGGUAGUGGUUUUCUAGUGAUUCGAUCAAUCACCAGAAAUCAAUCAUCAUUUCACCUCAAAACCGUGACAUUUAUUACAUGGAAGACCGUGAGGUUGAGGUGAUAUGAUACACACACAAUGCAACACAACGACGUCACCUGCACCACUUUUUCCUUUGUCAACUCCUCUUCUCCUGCCUGACAUUCUGGGUCCGGUCGUGCGCCAAGGAUGUCGUCAACUUGGACCGUCAUCCUGAUAAGAGUAGCGUGACGAUAAAUGGUUAUCCGCCAUCCUUUCUACUUGUCCUGCUCAAACGGGCCAUUUCUCAGGCGUCAUUUUCCCCCCGAAUUAGCAGCAUUAUAUCCCUUCUCACCUCUCUGGGCUUCAUAAAAUAUGCAGGAAUUAUUAUGCAGAAGAAGAAAUGGUUAAAAAAAGCGACCAUGGGCAUUGUUGUUUCAUCCGUGGGUAGCUUUUCCAUGGUGAAAAGGGAAACUAAACCACACACUCCAAAAAAUAUGCAAGUUUUCUUCUCAGUCUUGUCCUGUCCUCGUGGACAAUAAGACGUUCCAAAAAAGAAGACGAGUAGUUUCCCCUCAAAUUUUGAUUCUUGGAGUGAUUCUGAUCCGUAAUUUUGCAGUUUUUUUCUGCCCUCGUGGACACUAAGAUGUUCCAAAAAGUUUUUGAAUAGUUUUCUCUCUCCCCUCAAAUUUUAAUUCUUGGAGUGAUUUUGACUCAUAAUUUUGCAGGCUUGUUCUGCCCUCGUGGACAAUAAGACGUUCCUUCAAAAAAGGAGACAAGUUUUUGAACACUUUUCCCUCAAACUACUUUGAUUCUUGGAAUGACUCAUAAUUUCGGUCGUGGUGAAAGUGAAGUGUUUAGUUAAACCGUCUCAGAUUUUGUAAUUUUGUGAAUAUUUAUUAUUUAUGAAUUUGACUAUUGAACUCGCUCAAGUCUAUUUUUAAUAUGAAUGAAUACCGUAUUCUUGUCAGAUUUGCUCCACAUUUUUGAAAUGAUAAUACAGACGGGUAAUAAAAAACGGUUCGCAUUCAGAGAAAUGCGGCUUCCACUUCGGUGAGGUGAAAAAAGGGGUAAAUAAAUAGAAGGUGUUUAAUUUUCGGGGAAUAAAUAGUGAAAAAAGAAGUGUUAAAAAAGGAUGGGAUCGAUUUUUUUUGCAGAUUUUUGACCGCAUGAAAAUUGCACAAAGGAGAUCGCAUCCCUUCUGCAAGUCUGGAGUUGAUAAUUUUUUGCAAAUUUUUGACAUGCAAAUUGCGGUGAUUGAUCGCGCCCCUAAAGCACAUCCGUUUUUUUGCACGGGAUGCUUUUACAGACAGAAGUUGAUUGUCCUGAAGAAAAGUUAAGCAAAAUAUGACUCAGACUGGCAGAUGAUUACAUAACCUCUUCUUCCCAUAAUAAGGUUAAGUUUGUGCAAAUAUGCGAAAAAAUCUGCUCCAUCUUCAUCUCAACAUCCACGUGGAGAAGGUGAUGACGUUUCACCAAAAAAUUCGCACUUCUCUUCACCCCGAGAAAAAUAAAUGGUGGUUCCUGAUGGUUUUUGCAAUUUGUGUCGGUCUAGUUAUCCUCCUUCCGGGCAAAGUAGGGUGUGAUGAUGUUAACGAAAAUUGGGUGAUUCUAACCCCAAAAGAUGCUCCCCAGCCAAGAAAAACAUUCCAAAAUGUGACGCGACCACGGCGACAAAUCCUAACCCCGAGUAAUUGGAAGUUGAAACCUGUCGUAAAAAGUGCCAUGUCCGAUAUGAUGACCCAGGUCGACCUGCACCUCGACUUUAUCGCCGACCUCGCCAUGUUUAAUGGGUGGACGACGGUCUACCUGAUUCUGCCCGGGGAGGAGGACACCGAACUUUGUCAGCACGCGAGUAAAAUGCUGAUCGAGUCGAGGACGAAUUUGCGCAGUGAGUGUGGCACGAAUCAGACCAAGUUGGGGGGACUGACGCCCUCGAGGCGGAUGGUCAUCCCGAUCUUCAUGCUCACUUUUUUGGGCGGAGUGCCGACGAGAUUAAAUCCGACUUUGUUGAGACCCACGAGACCGGUUUGGGUGCUGGGGGGUGGUGGAGAAAGUGGGAGGGAGACGUUGGUGAAAAAUGUGCAUCCCGUGGCGGGAGGGAAUUGUAAGUGGACGCUGGUUUGGAGGAGUGACGAUGACGGGAAGACGUUGAUGUUGGAGGAUGUCUACGGUUUUCCUGGGGUGGCAGGACCGAUUAGUCAAAUUAUGGGGAAGUGGGAUGCAGAGGAGAGGAUUCGAAUUGAUACGGAACUCGCGUUAGGACCGGUGGAUUUUCAAGGGAGGAUGUUAAGGAUUACGACGGUGGCUGGACCCCCGGUCGUAUUUGUGUCCAAGACGUCGAAAGGGGGAGUCCGGAGUAGCGGAUAUUUACCCGAUAUUUUGAAAAUUGUUAGCGCCCAACUCAAUUUCACGUACGAAAUAAUGACACCGCCGGACAAUAAGUUUGGGAAUUUGGAAGCGAACGGGAGCUGGUCGGGCAUGGUGGGAAUGCUGGAGAGGAAAGAAGCGGACAUUGCCAUGAUGUCCUUCAGUCUCACGGCGGCGAGACAGAAAGUCAUGGAUUUCUCACCACCCGUAGAAUACAGCUCGGUUCGCCUCCUGAUUCGGAGAGACUGGCAGAACGCUGAGCUGAAGUGGUCCGCUUACCUCCGUCCGCUAGAAUGGGACGUUUGGGUGACAAUUCCAAUCUUUGUGGUCCUCGGGGUCAUCACCCUGGCCAUCUUUUCGUACUAUAAAGUCCUGAAAAUAACUCCCUUCACGUCGGCGUGGCUUCUAACGUCGUGCUUCAUUUUGCAAGGUCAAGAUGAGCACUCGGACAUCAAAGUGACGCCAUACCGUCUCGUGAUGGGGACGUUUUGGGUCCUGUCCGUCGUCGUAUUUGCCUCUUACACGGCACGACUAACGGCAUUUCUCGCCGCGAGCAACGAAGUACUUCCGGUCAGCUCGCUCUAUCAAGCAGUGAGGAAUCGGAACUGGAAAGUCGGUCUGGUCAAGGGGUCCGCCUUCAUCGAUAGGAUUAGGGAAUCGCAAGUAGAAGUGCUGCGUGGGUUAUACAAUCGAAUCGCUGAGGACUCCUCCUCCCUCGUGGAGUCAUUUCAGGAAGGGAUGGACAAAGUCUUUAAGGAGCGGUACAUAUUUUUUACGAGCGAGCUCAUCCCCUCGUUUCUGAUUCGAUCCAACUGCUCCUACACGUGGCUGCCUGAUAAAUACUUUUCCGGUUUUGGAUACAUGGGUUAUCAGAAACAUUUACCUUUCGCUCCCGUAAUUUCGCAAAGAGUUUCAGAAAUUCGCCAAAGUGGACAAAUGAGGCGAUUAUUUCUGAAAUGGUGGGGUACGGAAUCCGUGUGUUUCACAAAUUCUGGAGAAUCCUUCCUCGGAAUGAGUCUGUACGAGACGGGGACGGCAUUUUUGAUCCUACUUUUCGGCCUCAGCUUAGCAAUUGCGUUAAUGCUGGGAGAAUUUUAUAUUCGCAGGCCGUCCAAAAAUUCCUCCCGGCCGGGUUCCGACAAUUCCUUACAAUCUCGUGGAGAAAGUACGGCUAGGAAUAAAAUUAGCAUAAGUUUGAACAACGGCGUGAGUAAUUUGUUUGCCGAUCCGCAAAACGCGUUUCCACCCAUCUUCAAUAAAUCACAGUUUUCAUUCUAACGAAUCCCAUUUCUAAAUAAAAAUCAGAUUUGUACAUAAAAUCCGUAAGAAAUAGGGUUCACAAAUUAUCCUAAAAAAUUUUGAGCAAUUAACUAUUUAAAACCAGUAUUGUAAAAAUGAUUGUUAAUAUUUGAAAUUUGUAUGAGUUUUGUAGAUGUGUAAAAUUAAAAAGUAAAAAAUUGAAAAAAUUAAGACAACAAAAAUUACGUGGAAAAUCGAAUGAAUUUUUAAUUGUUGACCUCACUCAUCACCGUGCUGCGAUGACCUUACGCCGUUCAACACCCAUCUCCGAACUUGACCGUACUUCAAAAAUUCUAAACACCUUGGUGAUGACCACAUCUCGAAAUUCGAAUCUAACGUUAUCAUGGGUACAGACGGACAAUCGGACAAAUAAGACAUUUCCAUAAAGGGAUUUCACCCCACCGUGGGGGCUUUUGGGGGCGGCGCCGGACAAAGGAAAGGGGAGUAACGAGUCCAUCGCCUAUUCAUUCCGUUGCUAAAAAAUAAAGCCAAAAAUCUAUUUUAUUUUCCCCUUUACAACCAGGCCAUUUCGUUUGCUCCAUUUUGAGACAUUUGAGAGCUGAUAUUUUGAGUUAAUAUUUCUAUUAAA